AUGUCUGAUAGACGACUAGACGUCGAGGCAAGUCCUCGCCCCUCAAGCACCCAUUCGGAUAGAUCUCCCGUAUCCCAAGAGGACAAGCCUCGCGCCAGAACGCCUCUACCCAAGGUCCAGCUUGCCAUCGCUUGCUUUGUCCGGGUCACGGAGCCUAUAGCGUUCAUGGCGCUGUUCCCUUAUAUCAAUCAGAUGCUGCUAGAGACGGGAGUAGUGGACGACCCGAGAAAGACUGGGUUCUACGCAGGGCUUAUCGAGAGUAUAUUUGCGAUCGCCGAGCUUUGUACAGUGUUUCAAUGGGGGGCAGCUAGUGACAGAUGGGGCAGAAAACCUGUCCUAUUGGUAGGCUGUGUCGGCGCGGCUCUAUCAUCAGUCCUCUUUGGCUUCUCGACCAAUUUCCCCAUGAUGGUCAUCACGAGGGUGAUCAAUGGUCUUGCAAAUGGCAAUGUGGCGGUCCUCAAGAGCGUAAUCGGAGAACUCUGUGACGAUACCAACCAAUCUCUCGCCUUUUCCUUCUUCCCUCUCUCGAUGGCUAUCGGCACUAUCCUGGCUUCCACCAUCGGUGGUUACCUGCCUCACAUCACUGACCAAUAUCCAUACCUCCGUCGAUCUUUCCCCAUCCUGGAGCAAUAUCCUUAUCUAUUCCCCUGUCUUGUUGCAGGCGCGUUCCCUCUCUUGGGCGGACUGGUAGCGUGGAUAUGGAUGGAAGAGACGCUUCCGUCCAAAGAGCCGAACAAGAAGAGUACUCGCUCAAACCAGGAAGUGGCACCUCUUCUCGCCCAGCCACAUGCGACUGUGCACUAUUCCUCCACCGACGUUGGAGAUGUGCGCUUGGAAGGUGCUGCCGACCAUCACAAUACGGACCGUCCUCUAGACACGGAAGAAGAAGACGAGGCCCCCGUCUCUUUCCGAGACCUCCUCACACCCGACAUUAACGCGAUGAUGACUUCUUUCGGCCUGCUGCAGCUGCAGGGAACCUCUUUCCUGGGUUUAAUACCCCUCUUUUGCUUUACGCCCACCUUUUCUGGGGGCCUCUCGUUCCCCUCGAGCAGGAUCGGUCUCGCAAUGUCCAUCAGGGGCGUGAGCACCAUCUUCGUUCAACUCUUUGUCUUCCCAUGGCUGUCGAGCAAGGUCAGGAUUCUCAAGCUGUAUAAAGCACUGGUGAUGCUAUUCAUGCCUGCUUUUUUCAUCCUUCCCAUCUGCAACCUGUUGGCGAGACAUGGACAAGAUGUCGGGGUCUGGAUAGGGUUGUCGGCGAGUAUGAUAUUUUACGCUAUUGGCAAUAUGGCAUUCUCCUGCAACCUCAUCAUGACAAACGAAGCCGCUCCCAACCGCCGCUCUCUCGGCGCCAUCAACGGCUUGUCUCAAGCGGUCUCUUCCCUCAUGCGCGCCGUGGGUCCAGGGACGACCUCGACGCUGUUUGCUCUUUCUGUCGAUAAGAAUGUACUAGGAGGGCAGCUUGUGUGGGUUGUUCUUAGCGGACUGAGUGUUGUUAGUGCCCUUGUGGCGCUGGGAAUGAAGAAUAGUUGGAAGAAGCAGCGAGUGUGA